AUGGCCCCUUCCGCAGUUUCACCGCCGCCUUCUUCAACUGGCACAUUGCUUGUCAAGCCCUGGUCACGCCCCCAGGAGACUAAAGAGGAUCUAGACUGGGCUCCUCUUACUACCAUUGAUCUUUCGCGGUUCGAUGAGCCGGGGGGCAAGCAAGAUCUCGCGAAACAACUUUAUGAUGCUAUCACGCGAGUGGGAUUCUGGGUCGUUACCGGCACUGGUAUCGAUGAUGAACGUAUCCUACGGCAGUUCAGUAUCGGAAACACGUUUUUCAAGGAACCACUUGAUGAGAAGAGAAGAUUCCCUUGCAAUUUCGCGGAAGGCGUCAAAGAGAACAUUGAGAUGCUGAACAUCCACAAAGACAUUCCAGCCUGGGGACAGGUUGGUCGUCACCGGGUUGUGGAAGAAAACUGGGACGAGAUCCGCAACUUCCAUCGCGACGUCUGGGAGGUUGCCCGGAAACUCUUCGUUCUGAUCGCAAUCAUUCUGGAACUACCAGAGAACUAUCUUGCAGAUGCACAUGCUUAUGAUCAAGUCUCGGAUGAUCAUUUGCGGUACAUGAUCUACAACGUUCGGACAGACGAGGAAUGGGACAAGGCGCAAGCAUACUCAAAGGGAGGACACACGGACUUUGGCAGUUUGACCCUUCUUUUCUCUCAGCAUGUUGCUGGGCUGCAAAUCCGGACUCCUGAAGGGGAUUGGAAAUAUGUGAAGCCCGUCGAAGGGGGCAUCACCUGUAACGCUGCGGACACCCUGACGUUCCUCACGAAUGGGUUCAUCAAGUCAACAAUUCAUCGUGUGGUCAAGCCUCCCAGAGACCAAAUCGACAUCCCUCGACUAGGACUGCUAUACUUUAGUCGUCCGGGAGACCACACACCCAUGAGAACAGUGCCUUCCCCGCUUCUUGACCGUCUCGGAAUGAUCAGAGAAGAAGACAAGGAUUUGAGCAAACCGGUGCCAUCGGGAACGGAAGAUGCAGACCAAUUGGCAAAGAUUGAGUCAAUCGAUGCUGGAAAACCUGUCAAGCUGGCCAAAGUUGCCGAUGUUCUCGCGUGUGCGGCCUGUUUCCGAUACUAUGCGGGAUGCAACCUGAAGAAGGUCACUUUAGAGCUGGGUGGCAAGUCGCCAAGUAUUGUAUUUGGAAGCGCCGACCUGGACGAGGUGGUCGAGUGGGUGAAUGGCGGCAUAUUUUACAACAUGGGCCGCGUCUUCGUUCAUGAGAGCGUCUACGAGUCUUUCAUCGCCAAGUUUGUUGAAAGAGCAAGGAAAAACCAACUUGGAGAUCCCUUUGAAGACAAAACCUUUCUGGGCCCCCAGAUCAGCGGCAGCCAGCACUCCAAAAUCAUGGGCAUGAUCGAAAAGGCGAAGACUCAAGGCGCCAUCUGCGCAACGGGGGGACGUAGCCCUUCUGACUGGUUCAUUGAGCCUACAAUCUUCCGCGACGUUAAGAUGGACAUGGAGAUUGCGAGAGAAGAGGUUUUUGGGCCAGUCGUGGCAGUUGCAUCCUUUCGUGACGAGGAGGAAGCUUUGGAAAUGGCGCACGACACCUGUUACGGGCUCGCCGCGGCAGUCUUCACAUCUGAUAUCAAGCAGGGAAUCAAAAUGGCGAAAGAGCUUGAGGCGGGAACAGUUUGGGUGAAUUGCUACAACAAAAUCUCCCAUGCCCUUCCGUUCGGUGGGUACAGACAGAGUGGCAACGGGAAGGACUUGGGAGAAGACGCGAUCUACGGCUUUACGCAGUUGAAGACUGUAGGAAUCAUGUUGUAA